GCGGGGGGAACUCAAGGCCUGCUUGAUACGUCCGCCAUUUUGGGCGCUUCGCUGAUGGUGUCGGUGAGCGCGUUUCCCGCCUGAGCGCAACUAGCGGCGGGUCGUGGGCACCUCCAGAUAAGAAAACAAGCUCAGAGAGAUGUGGUGACUUGCUCAAAGAGUGACAGAACUUCCUCGGCCAUCUGGAGGGGUCAUAUGAAACCUUUAUAUCAUCAGCUUGAGGUACCUCCCAUAAUUUUAAGGGGAGAGCUUGCUUCUUAUCCAUAUCCCACAUUAUUUCUGCUAAUCUACUAAUGCAGUAACUUGGAGGAAAAUUGUUACCAGGAUAACCUGUAAUGGGCAAGGAGCCACAAAGAAGAAAACGUUUCUUUUAAUUUUUAAACUUGGUUUGAAAGACCAGCAUGUUUUGGAAAUUUGAUCUUCACUCAUCAUCCCACAUAGACACACUUCUAGAAAGAGAAGAUGUAACACUGAAGGAGUUAAUGGAUGAGGAAGAUGUUUUACAGGAAUGUAAAGCUCAGAACCGCAAACUUAUAGAGUUUCUGUUAAAAGCAGAAUGUCUCGAAGAUUUAGUAUCAUUCAUUAUAGAAGAACCACCUCAAGACAUGGAUGAGAAGAUCAGAUACAAGUAUCCAAAUAUAUCUUGUGAGUUGCUCACUUCCGAUGUCUCCCAGAUGAAUGAUAGACUGGGAGAAGAUGAAUCCUUGCUAAUGAAAUUAUAUAGCUUCCUCCUAAAUGAUUCCCCUUUGAACCCACUACUUGCCAGUUUCUUCAGCAAGGUGCUAAGUAUUCUUAUCAGCAGAAAACCAGAACAGAUUGUGGAUUUCUUAAAGAAGAAGCGUGAUUUUGUAGACCUUAUUAUAAAGCACAUAGGAACUUCUGCUAUCAUGGAUUUGUUGCUCAGGCUCCUGACAUGUAUUGAGCCUCCACAGCCCAGGCAAGAUGUGCUGAAUUGGUUAAAUGAGGAGAAAAUUAUCCAGAGGCUUGUGGAAAUAGUUCAUCCUUCGCAAGAAGAAGAUCGACAUUCAAAUGCAUCACAGUCACUUUGUGAAAUUGUUCGCCUGAGCAGAGACCAGAUGUUACAAAUUCAGAACAGUACAGAGCCUGACCCCCUGCUUGCCACUCUAGAAAAGCAAGAAAUUAUAGAGCAGCUUCUAUCAAAUAUUUUCCACAAGGAGAAAAAUGAAUCAGCCAUAGUCAGUGCAAUCCAGAUAUUGCUGACUUUACUUGAGACAAGACGACCAACAUUUGAAGGCCAUAUAGAGAUCUGCCCACCAGGCAUGAGCCAUUCAGCUUGUUCAGUAAACAAGAGUGUUCUAGAAGCCAUCAGAGGAAGACUUGGAUCUUUUCAUGAACUCCUGCUGGAGCCACCCAAGAAAAGUGUGAUGAAGACCACAUGGGGUGUUCUGGAUCCUCCUGUGGGGAAUACCCGGUUGAAUGUGAUUAGGUUGAUAUCCAGCCUGCUUCAAACCAAUACCAGCAGUAUAAAUGGGGACCUUAUGGAGCUGAAUAGCAUUGGAGUCAUAUUGAACAUGUUCUUCAAAUAUACAUGGAAUAACUUUUUGCAUACACAAGUGGAAAUUUGUAUUGCACUGAUUCUUGCAAGUCCUUUUGAAAACACAGAAAAUGCCACAAUUACUGAUCAAGACCCCACUGGUGAUAAUUUGUUAUUGAAACAUCUUUUCCAAAAAUGUCAAUUAAUAGAACGAAUACUUGAAGCCUGGGAAAUGAAUGAGAAGAAACAGGCUGAGGGAGGAAGACGGCAUGGUUACAUGGGACACCUAACGAGAAUAGCUAAUUGUAUUGUGCACAGCACUGAUAAGGGCCCCAACAGUGCAUUAGUGCAGCAACUUAUCAAAGAUCUUCCCGACGAAGUCAGGGAACGAUGGGAGACGUUCUGCACAAGCUCCUUAGGAGAAACUAACAAGAGGAACACGGUAGAUCUAGUUACAACCUGCCAUAUUCAUUCAUCCAGUGAUGAUGAAAUUGACUUUAAAGAAACGGGUUUCUCACAGGAUUCUUCUUUGCAGCAAGCCUUUUCUGAUUAUCAGAUGCAACAAAUGACGUCCAAUUUUAUUGACCAGUUUGGCUUCAACGAUGAGAAGUUUGCAGAUCAAGAUGACAUUGGCAAUGUUUCUUUUGAUCGAGUAUCAGACAUCAACUUUACUCUCAAUACAAAUGAAAGUGGAAAUAUUGCCUUGUUUGAAGCAUGUUGUAAGGAAAGAAUACAACAGUUUGAUGAUGGUGGCUCUGAUGAGGAAGAUAUAUGGGAGGAAAAGCACAUUGCAUUCACACCAGAAUCCCAAAGGCGAUCCAGCUCAGGGAGUACAGACAGUGAGGAAAGUACAGACUCUGAAGAAGAAGAUGGAGCAAAGCAAGACUUGUUUGAAUCCAGUAGUGCCAACACAGAAGACAAAAUGGAGGUGGACCUGAGUGAACCACCCAACUGGUCAGCUAACUUUGAUGUCCCAAUGGAGACAACUCAUGGUGCUCCAUUGGACUCUGUGGGCUCUGACGUCUGGAGCACAGAGGAGCCGAUGCCAACUAAAGAGACAGGCUGGGCUUCUUUUUCAGAGUUCACGUCUUCCCUGAGCACAAAAGAUUCUUUAAGGAGUAAUUCUCCAGUGGAAAUGGAAACCAGCACUGAACCCAUGGACCCUCUGACUCUCAGUGCGGCUGCCCUGGCAGUGCAGCCAGAAGCGCCAGGCAGUGUGGCCAUGGAAGCCAGCUCCGAUGGAGAGGAUGAUGCAGAAAGUACAGACAAGGUAACUGAGACGGUGAUGAAUGGCGGCAUGAAGGAAACACUCAGCCUCACUGUAGAUGCCAAGACAGAGACUGCGGUCUUCAAAAGAGUGUUGAAAUCCUAUCGUGAGGAAGGGAAACUGUCUACCUCUCAAGAUGCUGCUUGUAAAGAUUCGGAGGACAGCCCCGAGACGGCAGAGGUGAAGUGCACCGCGCCCCGGCCUCCCAGCAAUAGUCCCGAGCAGAGAGCCUCCGAUGUCUGUCUGUUGCUCCUUAGGACUGACCAGCCAAGUGUACCAGGUGACACUUCAGUGAAUGGCCCUGUAUGAUGGGUGACGACUGCCGCUGCUGACUGAGGACUGCAGACCGCCACCACUCAGGGGCUCUGGAGGGGUCAGCUGGAGCCCACCAAGCUGUCACUGCUGCACCCACUCUGCAAGGGAUCAGGACCAGCAACCUUUAUACCCUAGAUUCUAAGACAUUGUACAGAGAAAUUCAGAAGUGUAAAAAUAUUGCACAUUGACAAAUACCAAGAAUUUUUGCGUAUGUUUAUAUUGUAUUGUUCUAAAUAAUGGGUAGCCUGUGAAAUAAGAUCUUGCCGCCCAUGUAAUAAUAGUAGUAAUACUCUAGUUAAAAUGGCUGUAAGAAUAGUUUUAUAAAAGUGAAUACACAGAUCUAUUGUAUUUGAAACAUAACUAUUUGACAUUUAUUAGUGUGACCAAAGUAUUAGGCGGUUUUCAUACAUUUUUCACCUUGUAAAAAAUUCUGAAUUCAUUUUUCUUCCAGGUUGGCAAGGAGUUGUAGAAUGGAAAUGCCUCUAAGUGUUAUUUUGGUUGUUCUAACUUACAAAAGUGAUUUUGAAUAAGAAAUAUUUGGUGUUCUUUUUAUAACCAGUUUUUGAUUGGUAAUUGUUUUCUGUAUUGUUUAAAAUGGAUCAAAACUGUAAGUCUAUUGGUAGAGAUUAAGUAUUUAUUGCUACAACUUAGUUGAUAACUUGAUGUUAUUGUAAAGCCAUAUGUUCUGUUCAAGUCUUGUUUGCUUGAAAUGAUUAUUCCUACAGGUGAGACACUAGACUAUUUGGAGCUGAUAUGGCUUGUGUUCUUGUGUUUUGGGUUUUUUGUUUUCUGUUUUUUGUGGGGUUUUUUUUGCUUUUGUUUUUGUUUUUUGUUGUUUCGGUAGUUCAUCUGCCUUUUAACCCAUUCACCAAAAUUUACCUUGUUAACAAGCAUCACCAAUGAACAUUUCGGAGCAAUCUGCGUAUUUAACACACCUAAAUCGUAGUAGGCAAGUCAGCUGAAAAUGUUCGUGCUGCUAAUGGAAUUAGAGUGCGUUCAUUUUACAGGCUAGUAUUUUAAAAGUAGAAAUCAAAAUCUGGCACCGAAGCAUGCUAAUUGUUUACUGUACCUUGUGAGAUUUUCACUCAUAAAUUUAAACCAGUGUAUUUUUUUAGAACUGGUUUGUGUAUAUAUAUAGUGAUUAUGGAUACUAAUUCAAUGUAAUUUAUAAUUUUCUAUGUCAAUAUAAAAAUACAUCACAGCCUUCUCAAACAUCUGAAGCAAUAUAUUGUAUAUUGCCAUAUCGUCUGGUGAAAGGGUUAAAUUACUUCACCUCUUGCACUUUUAGAUGCAAAUCAGUUUUUCAUUUCUGUAAUAGAAAAUUAUUCAUGUAUUUUUACAUCAUUUGUUUUUCCUGACCAGUAUUUAAAACCAAAAGGAUAUCCUGAAAAAUGGCCAACAAUUUUUUUAGAAAUAGCAUCCCAAGCAGCGUGCCUAAACAUUACAUUGCAUAUGGAAAUAAAAGAAUCAAACGUCUAAUGCCUUAUUUCUGGUUUCCUUUUUCAUUUGAAGUGGUGUAGAGACUCAAGCACUCCAAGGACAGUGGAGUCAGCAGUAAGCCCUGGGACAAGUGGCAAGGGGGGCUCCCUUGCCCUUUGCACGCCUCCUCAGGAACCCUCUUUCCCGGGUGAGCACCUCUCUGAAGAGACUAUCCUUGAGCCUCCUCUGGAACCAGCACCCCCAGAGGACAGAGCUCCUCCUACUUGCCUCAGGGCUGCCUGACUUGCGUGCUGUUAGACCUCGGGGAUUGCUGCUGGAUGCCGUGCCCAGGUCUUGAGCUUUGCCGGCCAUGGCCAGGGUUUGGCUGCAGUGGUGGCACACAUGGCCUCAGUGGUAUGGAUCUGGUGGCUUCUCCAUCCCACCCAAGGUAACAGUGUCUUGCUUCAUCCCAUUGACUGCUAGGGAGAGAGCCUCUGGUUCUUUUCUUUGGGGCGGCAUUUUGGUUUGCUUGUCUUCGUAGCAGGGAAAGGAUAUGACAACGGGGAGGACAGUUCUUUUGGGGGUUGGAGAGGCCAACCCGAGGACAGGAGUGAGUGUGCCCUCAUUUCGUUUCUACGUUAAUUUCUGUGUAUUGGCCAUACUGAAUUGCAAGACUAACAGAUGUCUACAAUACAAUACCUGUAUUAAAAAUAACAAAAAUAAAGCCUGAUUCUUUGUUUCUAGAAA